AUGUACCCUCAACAACCGAAACAAUUAAUUUAUCAAAAUACGGUAUUUUCAAUGAAUAUUCAUUCAAAUUAUUGCAGUCCAAAUAAUUCAGGUGAGAAUGAAACUAUGCAACAAGCAAACGACCUGGAACGAUAUCGUCAAUUAAGAGAUUUACUUGUUCGUCGACCGUCAAUUGCACUUGUACUUCAACAAAAAGAAAUGGAACAACAAGAUAAUCCAUGUACAAGUUUUGAACCAAAAUAUUAUCAGCCUGACUACUCAGUUCACACAUCGAAUGAAGUAUACCAAGAAAAUCAACAAAAGGCCAGAAGCUUAACAAUUACAAGUGUCGAUGAUCUAAAAAAUUCAACUGGACACCAAGAAACUUGCAAGCAGCAACUAGGACUGUCAAAAACAUUUGAAUCACGUUCACACUCCGAUUUGACCAAGCUGGCUAGACCCACCGCAGUCAAGCAAUUAUCACUACACGAGUCCGCUUCUUCGCAAAUACUUUCAACGAUUAACAGUCAUGAUAAUGAUAACGUAAUUAAAAAUAAAGUUCGAAUAUUAUUCUAUCACGCUGAUGUUAAUCAUGAUGGUUAUGUUGAUGAAGAUGAAUUUGUUAAUUUAAUGCAAAAAUUAGGUCUAUCCAAACAAAGUCAACGAUAUAAAUUUGAUAAAAUAAUUAAAAAAGAUAAAAAACGAUUAACUUUUGAUGAAUUAUAUCAUUUUCUAUUAUCAAGAAUUACUGAUAAACCAAAAUUAGAUUCAAAUUUAGACAACAAACCAAACGAUGCAUGUCGUAUACAGAAGUUUAAACAAAAGCUUGAACGACAAAUAUCAGACAUAUUAGAAAAUAAUGAAGAAUUUUCAAUCCGAAUGCAAAGUGUAUUAGAAAAUAUUGAUUGUAAUGAAAUAUCUGAAUAUUUAUCAAAACGUUGGAUUAACUUCAAUAAUUUUCAAAGACUUGGUAAAAGUGGUGACACAGUUAUGAUAGGUGGUGAGUUAGCUGAAGAUAUUUUACCUGGUGAAUAUGAUCUGUAUAAAUUAGCUUGUUGUACAGUUGAACCAAAACAUGCUCAAAUAGAAAAUGUUCGAUGGUUAUCAUGUUCUCAACCGAAUAAAUCUGGUAUGUGUGCAUUUCCACCUGAAUUUGAUGGAAGAAUUCCAGUUGAUAUAGCAACAAAUGAGCAUUUGUCAUAUUAUGGAUGUUGUUUAGCUAGUAGUGCACAAAUGAAAGUUUCAUUAUCUCAUCGACAUUGUUUACAAGAUUUUGUAUAUAAUGAAAAUUAUAUACAAGAUUAUGUUAAGAACGAUGGACACGGCGGAUUGGAAAUGCAUGGUUUUGCACAUUUGGACUGUCCGUUAGAUGAUAAUAGUGGCUAUUUUAUAUUAGGAAGGUUCGUUGAUAAAAAUAAUAGUGAAUUACAUUUAACAGCAUUUCACAUACCAAAAAAACAUACAUUAUACGUUCCACCAAUGACAAUUCAUAGUAAUGAUUAUUUGAAAGGUGCAUGGCGAACAAUGUUAUCUGAUGAAACAAAUGUUGAUCAUGUUAGUUUAACUCAUCAACGUCGAGUUAAUGGACAUGAUACAUAUGAACAUUUUACAUUCGAGUUUGUUCAAUAA